GAAUAAAAUGAGAAAAACUCAUUCUCCAUAAGGUUUCUAAUACUUUAUGAAAAGAAGAUAUGAGUAAAGGUUUCCAAAAUUUAAAUUUUAAGAGCCAGGAGAAACGUAUGGAUUAAUGCCAUAAAUUACUCAAAAUUAACACUUGAGAACUGAAAUAAUGUAAAAUAACUCUGCAGAAUAAAUAUUGCCUCAUUUAUAAAAGAGAAUAGGAAAUAGUUAAUCAAAAGAGAAAAAUGAUGAUUCUUGUAUUCUUAUUGGUAAUACAUUAAAAUCACUUGAAAGAAGAGUAUUAAAACCAAGGAUAUCAUAUUAGCCAGAAGUUCUGCCUAAUAAAUAUACAAAACUUAGAAGUAAAUCAAUAAAAAAGUAACCGAAGUUUGAUGGAAUCUAUUUUGAAGGAGAAAAAUUUUGUUAAGAAUUGGAAUUUUAAGAAAAAUAUGCGAAUAUUAGAUAGUAUUACAAUUACAUAAAUGUAUCAAAUGGUAUAUUCAUAAAAUCUACUGUAAAUUAUUACAAAGCAAAUGUAUCAAAAAGCAAUAAUGGAUAAUUAGUUAAGAAUCUAUUAAAAUAAAGAUGGUGGUGGUUAGUUGUAGAUAAAGAUAAAGAUAAUGUAAACUUUCUAUGGGAAUCAGCAAGAAAUGAUAAUUUUAUUAUAUCUAUGCCCUGUUCAGAAUAAACUGAUAGAAAUGAUAGUUUCAAUAUAUAAUUAGAUUAAUUAGAUAUUUAGACUGAUUCUCAUCCUUAUGCUAAAUUACUUCCUAAAAAUUUAGUUAUAUAAAUGAAUAUAUAAGAAAAACAAGUUGGUAAAUCAAACAAAUUAUUAAAUUAUGAUUAAUGCAUACAAUUAUGUGAUAAUAUUAGAAUAUUUGAAAUUACAUCAACUACUAAAAUACAUAAUCACAUAUAAAAUAAUACUCAUUUGGGUUCUAAAAAGAAUUUAUUUCUCAAUUUGAAAAAAUAUUAUGAAAGUAAUUCCUUAAAUGUAUUUGAGUUUCUUCCUUUAACUUAUCAUAUUAAAAACAAAUUUGAUUUAGAAAAUUAUCUUAUUGAUAAUUUUAAUACUAAAAAGAUUUGGAUUGUAAAACCAGGAGAAUUAACUAAUAGAGGACACGGAAUAUAAAUUUUUUAGAAUAUUAAUGAAGUUAAUAUGUUUUUAAAAGGAAAUCAUUAACAUAAAAAUGGAUUAUCCAAAACAUUUAUUGUUCAAUAAUACAUAACAAAUCCAUUAUUAUAUAAUUAAAGAAAAUUUGAUAUAAGAUGUUUUAUACUAUUUACAGGUAUAAAUGGUAGAUAGAAAGGAUAUUGGUAUUAAGAUGGUUAUAUUAGAACAUCAUCUAAAGAGUUCAAUCUUAAUAAUUUAUCUAAUAAAAUGAUACAUUUAACAAAUGAUGCUGUGUAAAAAUAUUCUGAAGAUUAUGGAAAAUUUGAAAAAGGUAAUAAAAUAUCCUUUGAAGAAUUCAAAAGAUUCAUAACUCCAGAAAAAUUUAAUCAAGUAUAUUAGAGAAUGAAAUAAAUAGCAUUAGAUUAAUUUAAGGCUGUUGGUGAUCUUUUAGAUCCAUUAAAAAGAGAAAAUACAUUUGAAUUAUUUGGAUUAGAUUUUAUGAUUGAUGAUUAAUUUAAUACAUGGUUAAUAGAAACUAAUACAAAUCCUUGUUUAGAAUAAACAGGUCCAUUAUUAACAGGUUUUAUGCCAUAAUUAAUUGAUAAUGUACUAAAACUUGUAAUUGAUCCAUUAUAUCCUCCACCUUAAUUUUAUUCUUCUAGAAAAUUUGUUUAUGAUUGCCUUAAUAAUAAAUUUGAAUUGAUAUAUGAUUCUACAAAAAUGAAAUUAAAUAGAAAAAAUGUUGUUAUUGAUAAUGAAUUAUGA